AUGAGUAUAGAGAAUUUCCCCUCGCUGAACUCCGAAGAGUUUACUGAAGCAUGCCAUCAUCUCGACAGGCAAUAUUGUCAGGCCCCACUAGGCUCCGAGCGAGCACGUUGGAAACUCAGACUCUGCAACGCACUCUGCACCGACUUUUCUUAUGGUGGAGGUUUCACGACAUAUGUUCAAAUAAGACGCCCUCUCGAAUUUGACUUGGAUCAUGGAGAUCUUUCACUAGAUUUGGACGGAUUUUCUUUCUCAGACGAGAAGGGCCCUCAUGUAUCAAUAGCGGAGGACAAGGAUAUGCUAGAUGCUGAAGAAGCAGACGAGGCUGCUCUUAUAAGACAGCGAGCUCGUCCAGAGAUUGCCAUGGUGGAAUACGAAAUUCAUCUUCACCCUACAUAUCGUGUGCCUUGCCUAUGGUUCACUCUACGCAACCUACCCGCUGAUGAGCCCGCAUUUGACGUUGACACCGUCUUCCGCCGUCUUGUGCCUGAUGAGUACAAGGCUGGUCUGCGGACACUCGGCAACGUGGGAUAUCAGCCGAUGUAA